AUGCCCGACCCAAACGUACCCCAAAGCUACGAAAUCAGACCUGAUCCCCAGGCUCUGACCGGCAACAAAGAAGACCCCAGCCAGAACGCAUCCACUGGUGUCGACUACGAGCCUCAUCCCGAGAAGAGCAUCAAGCUCGAGCCAGAAAGAGAAAGGAUUGUACAGUCGAUUUGUGCUCUAUACUCGGGUGGAGCGGAAGAUAGCAAGCGAGGAGAGGAGCUCAUGCAAGUCUAUGCUGAGAAGGCCGUCUACGAUGAUCCUUGGUCGUACUGCGACACACGCUACAAGAUCGCCGGCCAAUGGUACGGCAUCCCCAAAGUAAUGGCCAAGUCGCAAACCCUCAAGACCGAAGUCGUCGACUCGCAAAAAGAUCGCAUCAUCUUCAAGUUGCAGCAGGAAUACACACCCAGGAUCGUACACUUUUCAAAGCCAGUAAACAGUCUUAUCACAUUGACGCUGGACGACCAAGGCAAGGUCAAGUAUCACAAGGAUAUGUGGAAUGAGAAGGACUAUUCGCAUGAAGGCCUGGGCAAGGUCAUGAAGACGUUGAAUGGCGAUCAUUUGACCAAGAUCACCCAACCGCCAGAGACUUUGUAA